AUGCCAGAGCCCACUGUUUCCCUCACUUUCACAUCCAGGAUGGUGAAUGCAACCCACUCCUAUGGAAUGUGUAAUAAAGCGAACCUCUGGCACUGGCGAUUGGGCCAUGCCAGUCAUGAUGCCAUCAUGCAGACAUGUACAGUGACCCUUUCACAUGAUAUCCCAUUGAACACUGCCACCGAGCCUGAAACACCAUGUGACAUAUGUGUGCAUAGCAAAGCAACAGCAAAGAACACCACUCACCCCAGGCAAUUAGGUACACCACUUGAGUUAGUUUCGAUGGAUGUAAUGGGCCCACUUCAUGGCAAUGCAAAAUUUGUAUACAUACUCAUUAUACAUGACACAUUUUCAGGCAUGAUCUGGGUAUGGGGUCUAACAAGCAAGAAGGAGGCAUCUCAAGAAGCUGCAUGGUGGCUAUUGGAGAUGCAUGUUGCCACACAUAAGGAACUGUCAGAGGUGAUCAUUGACCAAGGAAUCAAGGAGGUCCAGGUCAAUCAAGGUGAGCUAUGGUCAAAGGUCUUCCAAGACCUCUGCUCAUCAAUGGGUGUGAAGAUAAUGGCUUCACCCACCCAACAUCAUACUGACAACACCUUCACUGAAUGGGCCAUCCAGACCAUUCAGAAGAUCAUGUGUAGCCUACUGUAUGACUCCAGAAUGGAUGAGCACUGGUGGCCCCAUGCAAUUGCACAGGCAGCAUUCAUUCACAACAGACUCACAGGCAGUACUUGUGGUAAUGUGACUCCAUAUGAGCUCUUCUAUACAGAAUGCCCAGAAUUAUGUCACAUAUGGUGUUUCGGUUGCAUGGCAUAUGUCAUACUCAGAGGGAACACUCGCUUGACAUGGCUCCGAGAUCAUGCAGUUGUGAGUAAGCAUCUCUGCCCAUGUGCUCUCCAGGGGAGGUAUUUGGGUUUCUCCGAUGCACCUCACACAAUCAAAGGCCAUAAGGUUUGGCUACCUGAGCUCAACCAUAGUCAUUACCAGGGACAUCCGUUUCUCAGAACUGGAACCAUCAGACACAGCCGUUCCUCCCCUACACACACCUGUCAUCAUCGGGGACCAUGA